UGAGCUUGGCCCGAAGCGGUCCCAGUGUACCGCAUAGGAGAUUUGGCUUGUGCCCGCUGCCUCGGGCGAUGUGGUGCAAAUGCACACGCGUCUCGGGUCAGGGAAGGUUUGUGAACUGUGUGGAUGAGGCGAGGCCCGGCUGUCAAAGGACCUCCAUCUAUUUGUGGAAAGCAGUUGGCUUUGAAAGAGGCUUGGUUGAAAAGUAUAUGGGUGCCUACUGUGGUCUUCCAGCACUUUGAUCCAGAGGUUUUGGUUGAGCAGCUGCAAGACAGUGCUUCUAGAAAGACGAUGUCGGAUGGAUGUCAACAUCAGCUUGUGUAGACACUACAGCAUGUAGAAAAUAGCUCAAUCCAGGCACUUCAAGCUUGGUAUUGAAAGCCGCAGCAUGACUGGCCAUAGGGAGCACACUCUUUCUUCUGAUGGAGAUGCUCCAGCAGCAUUGCCGUGCAACACCCCACAGUCUUUGGCAGCUAGUUCUCCAAACAGGCAGCUAAAUGCAUUCGAGCCUGCAACGACUCCAGGCCCUGCUGACAGUGGAGCUGAUUCGCGCAGCAGUUUGUGCUGGCCGCACGAGCCAGAAACAGGGCCCCCGGAAGUUGAGUCUGGGAUCAGGGCCGGUAAUGCCAACUCUCAAGGGCCUGUGGGGACGGAUGUCGCAGAGCAGUUGGAUCAGCUGGGGAUGCUAUGCUGGCAGAGGUGGAGGCAGCCUUGGCAGCUGAGGCGAGAGGGGAUGGCUUUUAUGGUGUGAAUAAGCUUAGUGUGAACGAGUUUGGUCUUCAUGAUCCACGCAAGCUGUCUCGGCUCGAGAGCCUUGACGUUUUUUCAGAGAUUCUCUCGUGGGAGGCUUUUGGGGGCUCGGAGAAGCACGAGGAGCGAGGCGGGGUGAACAGCAAACUGGGGGUGGUGGAUAGCAGGCCAAGCGGGGGAGGAAUCGAGUCAGACGAUGAUGAUGAGAACGAUGACCUGCCUGCAACUGAGAAGCGGGGGGGUGAUUUGCUGGGGGGAAAGCCUAAUGCAAGGGGGAUUGAGGACUUACACGGGGUCAAGGGGGGUAAUGAGACGAAGCUGCCGGCAUUUAGUGGAAGGGGGCAGAGCAUUCUGAAGAGCAAGUCCCACGGACGGGAAGGAGGGGAUGCGUUGGCAAAGUGCACGGAGGAUGCAGGGGGCGACGUGGAAGCUGCGUCAAGCGAGGGGGCGAUCCAGGAGUUGCUGGAGUUGUGUGACAGGGCUCCGGACUUGAAGGAGAGGGGGGAUGGGGCUCCCAGCACGGGUCUGUCGCAACUGGGGGAGAUGGAGGUGGAUCAAAAGCUGAUGACGGCUCUGAAGUCGAAUGUGCAGUGGUCGGAUGAGCAUGGGUCAUUGCGGCGGGGAGAGAGUGGGGACGAGCACUCGGGGGGGUGGUUUGAACGGAGCAGCAGGGGGGGGGGGAAUUGGCAGAGGCCCUUGGGGGUGCGAGCGGAAAGCCCCAGAGAGUCGCAGUCCUCCACCCUGACUUAUACCGGCAGUGGGAAUAGGGUCAGUGGGAAUAGGCUCCUCUCACGGGUCCGUCCUAACUCUACCCCAACCAGCCCCAUUCUAUCCCCUCUUCCCUCCCCUAAAACGACCUUCCACUCACAGAGCUUCAAGGAACCAGGUCAGGUAGGGGGUUACCGCCGAGAGCUGGUAGAGGUGCCCAAACCGCAGCCGGGGGGGGAGAACCAGCGGUUGCGCUUCAGCCCACAGCAACAGAAAACGCUCCACGACUUUGGGACUAAGGUCAACUGGAUGGGCCCUGGAGUGGAGAGCAUGGAGGAAGCACACCAGAUCUGCGCAGACAUGAGCAUGGAUAUCAAACAGCUGAAGAAGUGGAUCUCCAACCACCGCCCCAAGGAGCUGCGGAGCUCCUCCACCCCCCGGCCGGGGGUCCAGCCGCCCUGGGUCAUCGUACCCCCCCUGGCAAACUCCGCCUUUCCGGGGAACUACAGCGAGGCUGCGCUGAGGGGCCUCAACUCUGCCCACCCUGCCAUGGUUGGCCACCCUUUCUACCCCCCCGCCCCCUUCUUUGGCGGCCCCCAAUUUCCUCAGGGGCCCUGGGUCCCCCCCCCUUACGGUCUGGGGGGGCAAGCAAUGUGGCCAUGGGCUGCCCCAGUGGGGGGGGGGGAGCAGGUUCCGUUAGACAUGGCGCGCCUCGCGAAUGUCGACAACCUGCGGCAAGUUCUGGGGAGGAAGCUGAAGGACUUCGACCCUGGCAAGGUACAAAAAUUGGUGGAGAUUUGCAAGACCUACCGUCAGAAGCAGAGCAGCAAUACCUCCAUCGAACGUCACGACGACCCCUCCAAUGGGAAAAAGCAGAAGCAGCAGCUCAUGAGCCCCCGAGCAGUUGGGAACGCGCUGCUUUCCGCCCCCCCGCUUGACCUGGACAAAGCAACCCCCCAGGACGAGUACCGACCCCAAUGGGGGACCACUUUGCUGGCGGAUCCCACCCCCUUCGGUGGCAGGCCUGACACCCUGGCCGCCAACCAGGCGGGGUGGAACAUGGGGGAUUUGGCUAUCUCUUCUUUUAGAGACGCAUCCAUGUUGCAUAACGAGGGGCGGGUCAAGGCCGAAUGCAGGUUACCGAAACCGGCUCUGGCUUACCCCAAUCCCUCCCCGCACGGCGAGUUGCCGCAAGCAUCCGACCAGAACUUCCUGGGGGGACAUCCUUGGGACGACAUGAGCUUGCUCCCGUUCCCCCCCACUCCAAACCAGUUCCUGUCUCACAGCGCGCCGGCCGGUUCGGCCCCGCAAUCGUGGCCCGAACCGGGUUUUGGCAACAGGUUCUUCUAUAACCCGGCCUCGCAUUCCGCUGCUUUUGGUGCGAAUCCCCCCCUGGAGAUGGGACUGCCUGCGGGCGGUCUACAGCGUUCGGCCACGAGCGGUGGGAAGCCGCCUCGGACUGUGAGGGCGCUCCGCAUGAGGGGCGGCUGUGCGACGCCCCAUCUGGGAAAGGAUCCAAAAGAGUUGAGAGCGAACAAGGCGCCACUGCAAUGGGAUCGGGGGCCGGUGACACAACGGCCCAUGAGGGGCAAGUUUCUCUUUGAAAAGGUGCUGACUGCCAGUGAUACCAGCCCCCUGGGAAGGAUCAUUCUGCCCAAAAGCCAAGCGGAGCUGCACCUGCCGAAGGUGCUGGACAAGGAAGGGGGCCUCAUCAUGGUGGAGGACGCUGACAGGAACCGGUGGCAGCUGCGCUAUCGGUUCUGGCCCAACAACAAGAGCCGGGUCUACGUCUUUGAGCACACCGCCGACUUCGUCGCCUCACGCGGGCUGCGCCCGGGGGACUACCUCGUGGUCUGCCGAGUGGACGAGGGGCACCUGAUACUGAACGACCGUCGCCGGCCCGAGACCCCUGAGGGGGAUCCCUCCGAACGGCGCGCCGUGUCAGAGGGAUCCCGCUCGACCGUUAGCUCCGGUUCGUCGUGCACACGUGGCACGCCGGACGCCCGCAGCGCCAGCGAGCAUGCGGAAAGAGUGACGCUGACGUCAUUCCGAACGGGCCCCCAACUGCCGCCGCUUCAGCAAGUGGGACGACAGCUGAGCAUGGAAGAAGUCGCACGGCGGGCGAUGAGCGGCGACGGCCACGAGAUGAUGGACUGUGUCAACCUCGAUCACGGCGAGGAGCCGCACGUUUUGGAGCUGGCCCAAUCCCGCUUCGCCUGCACGGUGUCGAGGUUGUCAUACUUUGUUUGCGGCGACGAUCGAAGAUCCGUUCUAGUUCGGCCGGUCCCUCUGGUCCUGCAUGGAGCUGGGACCUGUAUAGCAUCCCCUCCUCCAAAAUACUUCGCGAAGGUGACGGAAAAGAUCGACGUCGAUCAUCCGGACGUCGAUUGUUCGCUCAUAUUGGUACGCACAGGGCUGUAA